GUGUUCUGCUUGGUUAGAUUUUCUUUUCUUACAGCAUAUCCUUUUUUUUUAUUUAAUUAUGGAGAAAUCUAAUAUUUCGCAACCAAUUUCAACCAUUCUCAAUGGUUCAAAUUAUGUACUGUGGGCUCAAAGUAUGCGUAGUUUCUUGAAAGGUCAAAAAUUAUGGCGGUAUAUUACUGGUGACAUUACACUUCCACAGAAAAUUACUGAUGAGAUAGAUAAGAAGUAUGUUGACCGUCUGGAGGAUUGGGAUAGCAAAAAUCAUCAGAUCAUCACUUGGUAUCAUCAUAUCAUCACUUGGUUUCGUAACACCUCAAUUCCCUCCAUUCACCUUCAGUUUGGACGGUAUGAAACAGCUAAGGAAGUGUGGGAUUUGCUUGCAGCCAGGUAUACCACCUCUGAUUUAUCCAGUCAAUAUCAAUUGUGGGAAGAGUUACACAAUUUGAAACAAGAACAUGGAAAGUCCAUUAUUAGUUUUUAUGCUAAGAUGGAGGCUAUUUGGGAUCAGCUUGCUCUCUCAGAACCAACCUUCAAUAACACUGUUGAUAUUAGGAAGUACAUUAAGUAUCGUGAUAAAAUGAGGUUAAUUCAAUUUCUUAUGGCACUUACUGAUGAUUUUGAACCAUGCAGAGCCUCUUUAUUGCAUCAGUCUCUUUUACCUAUCUUGGAUAGUGCUCUCUCACGAUUAUUAUCUAAUGAAACUCGUUUAGGCUCACUUAAGCCUAAACGAGAUACUACUGUGGCUGCAACUAUCAACAAGUUUCCUUCGAGUAAGAGAGGACAAAAGUAUUGUCAGCACUAUAACAAGUACGGACAUGCUCUAUAUGAAUGCAAUUUAGUAGAAUGUCAUAAAUGCAAGCAGAAAGGCCAUAUUGCGCCUAAUUGUACUACUUCACUACCUCAGAGAUCUAAUCAGUGGAAGACCCAAUCAAAGCCUGAUCAGUCUUCCAAGCCUGUGGUUGUUCCAGCUGCUACCAAUGGGGAUACCUUAGUCCAUCCUUCGAUUGGUAAUCUAGAAACCCUUCUUAGACAGAUGGUAUCAUCUUCCUCUACAUCUAUUGCCUUGCCUACCAUCCUAGGAUCCACAGGGUCUCCUAAUGAGCUUUCAAAUGAUCAAACUUCCACGACUCCUGUUUCAAAAGAUGUCUCUUCUGCGGAUAUUGCACUUGGAACAAAUGAGAUUGAAAAUCCACCAGUUACUUCCUCUUCUAGUCAUCCUACGCGGGCUUUGGAAAAGACAAGUACUUGGGACUUGGUUGAUCUUCCUACUGAUAAGACUCUUGUUGGAUGCAAGUGGGUAUACAAGAUCAAAACUCAUUAUGAUGGAUCUGUGGAGCGCUAUAAGGCACGUUUGGUGGCAAAGGGUUUUACGAAGGAAUAUGGCAUUAACUAUGAGGAGACCUUUGCUCCUAUUGCUCGUCUUACCACAGUAUGUACUUUACUAGCUAUUGCUGCUGUACGUAAAUGGAAGCUGUUUCAGAUGGAUGUGAAGAAUGCCUUUCUUAAUGGUGAUUUGGAAUACGAGGUUUAUAUGAAACUGCCUCCUGGACUUACUCCUCCUUCGAAUAAGGAAAUGGUUCUCUUACUCAUAUAUGUUGAUGAUAUGAUUAUCACUAGAGAUGAUGUUUCAGGGAUUGAUGAGCUUAAGCAGUUUCUCAGCCACAGAUUUGAGAUGAAAGACCUUGGCUCUUUGAGUUAUUUUUUGGGACUUGAAGUUACAUCCUCAGAUGCUGGUUAUCUUCUCUCUCAAAUGAAAUAUGCAUAAGAUCUUAUAUCUAAAAUCGAUCUCACUGAUAGUAAGAAUGUCUCCACACCUCUUGAACUGAAUGUCAAGCUCACACCAUUAGAUGGUUCUCCACUCCCUGACCCUACUCGUUAUCGGUAGUUGGUUGAUAGUUUUACUACGACACACCCAGACAUAGCAUAUGCAGUUCAUGUUGUUAGUCAGUUUAUGGCUGCCCCUCGCUCCACUCAUUAUGCCGUUGUACUUCGUAUUAUUCGCUAUGUUAAGGGAACACUAUUUCAUGGACUUCACUUCUCAGCUCAUUCCUCCCUUGUCCUUCAUGCAUAUUUAGACGCUGAUUGGGCUGGUGAUCUUACAGAUCGAAGAUCCACUACUGGCUAUUGUCUCUUUCUUGGUAACUCUCUUAUUUCAUGGCGUAGUAAGAAACAAGUUAUUCCAUC